GUCCACCCCCACUCUUGGAUCGUCACAUUAAUCAACUCCCGCUACUCAGCCAAGCAUCCACUUCGUUUUUCGGCCGUCGCAGUCGUAUCACCAGUUCCAACCCUACACCCCGUUUCCAUCCAUAUCAAGAUGCCUGCCGCUGCUCCUCCUCCUUGGCGCGUGAACGCCUACGAAAGUGGCCGCUGCGUUGCCUUCCAGUACUCGUUUGGCUCGCUCGAGAAUAUUCGCGGCAACCCGAAUGAGGUUGCCUUCACAUCUCCCUGCCCCUACAAGACCCUUGUCCAGUGCUACUCGGAGCCGAAUGGCAAAGGCAGUGUCUCGUCCGCCAACUUCGACGCGGGUAGCAGGAUCAAGUUCAACGUUGGCGCCUUCAAGAGUUGGGAGGUGUAUGCGCGUCACUAAAUGACGUCUGGAUCGUCAC